CCGUCUGUUGGCUGUCAACUGAUUUCAAAACAACAGCGUCACUUGGGACAUUCGUUCCUAACGUCAGUGAAGGCUUUCGAAUAAGUGCUUCAAAGUAUUGCCAGGAACUUAUUUCGACAGUUUACAACAACAACAACAACAACAACAACAACAACAACAACAACAACAACAAAGUGACAUUUCUAUCGGGAAGAGUGUGAAAGGCCGAUGACGCCGCUGUGAGAUGAAAUGAAAGGGGAAGUGAAACUAAAGGCGGCUGGUUUGGACACAAACCGAAGAGCUCGGAGACAACGCAGAAACCUUGUUUAAAAGUUGCUUAACUUUUUGAAGUACCCUGCUCAGCAGCAUGACGUCAACAAGCGACCUGUACUUCAUCGUGACACGAAAACCUGAAGACCGAGGACUCGUCAAUGCUGGACGCAUAUGCUACAUAUCUGAAAGCAGACACAGAUCAUUGAAAAGAUCAUAUCCCACAAAGUUGCCCGUCUUCCUCAUGGGCUCACGGACAAGGUUAGAUUAUGAAAUAGAGUUGAGUUACAUGGAGCAGCUGAGUGCAGAGGACGCCGAGCUGCUGCAGGCCCUGUCCGAGGACGCAGACAGGAUGAGGUGGUUCAUCGAGGGAGAGGCUCUGCGGACAGCACUGGGACUCGCUGAGGGCACUGCGGUGACCGUGGAGGAAGGAGGAGACAAGCUCAGAGGCAUCGUGAAAUACAUUGGAAGACUUACAGACAAAUCAUAUUCCUGUCCUUUGCCAGGCACGUUCUUUGGCAUUGAACUACAGGGAGAAGACCGGGGGAAGGGGAAUACUGAUGGGACCUUCCAGAGUAAAACCUUUUUCUCCUGUAAGAAAGAUUGUGGCAUUUUUGCCACGUUCGCCAGAGUCAGGCCUGUGGUUCCCAGCUCCUUGACCCCCUCCAACCCUGAGCACUCUCAAACAGACCAGCUGUUUUCAGGGGAUAGAGUCACGUGCUUCAUCGGCGAUAACAUUCGGCAUGGAAUGGUGUUGAACGUGCAGGAAAAGGACGGAAAACAUAUUGUCCGGAUCUCCACGGACAAAGAUGAGAAUGGAAAGAGAGGGGGCGAAGUUGACGUUCCACUACAUUUGGUUGCUAAGGGGGAGUUGCCCCCAGAGCCAGAGAGCAUGGAUGUUGAUACAACACCAGUGGAAAAAGACAAUGGUUUUCUGAGCUUGAACUCUGUGGUGGAGGUGACCUUGGGUAAGGGCACUUCAUAUGGAAUCAUCCGCUGGAUCGGCACUCUGCCUGGUUGUCAGGAAACCAUGGCCGGCCUAGAGCUGGACGAAGAAGAUGGAGUGAGUGACGGCACGUUCAAAAGAGAGCGUUACUUUGAUUGUGCCCCAAAGAAAGCUCUGUUUGUGAAGCUCAGAUCCUGCCGCCCUGACUCGCGAUUCCAGAGCGCAUCAGCCAAUUCCACCGAGAUGAUGUUCAAGCAAGAAGACUUGGAGAGAGAUGCAGAGCACUGUACAGGGAUUCUGGGGACUGUUCCUCCUGUCAGCACGGAGCAGGUCCACCAGAUUUUGAUUGGACGAAUGAAGGGGAUCCAAGGCCACUACAACUCCUGCUACAUGGACGCUGCCCUCUUCAGCUUGUUUUCCUGCUCCUCUGUGUUGGACGCCAUGCUGUUUAAAUCAACAGAACCUCAAGAUGCCCCGAUUCAGAGCACACUGCUCCACGACAUUGUUAAUCCCCUCCGCAAUAAGGGCUUUGUGGAAGGGCGGCACAUCAUGAAGCUCCGGCAGCAGCUACAGAAACACGGCUACAGUCACUCCUUCACCACCGAUGAGAAGGAUCCGGAGGAGUUUCUUACUGUCAUCAUGCACCACAUUCUUGCACUGGAUCCUCUUCUCAAACUGUCAGCAGGUGGUAAAGUGCAGGAUAGUUACUGCUAUCAGAUCUUCUUGGACCAGAACCACAGCCUGGUUCUGCCUACAGUCCAGCAGCUCCUGGAGCAUUCCUUCCACACUGCAGGACUCAAGCUGGCAGAGGUUCCAUCCUGCCUCAUCCUCCAGAUGCCUCGCUUUGGGAAGAAAUUCAAGAUGUUUGACAAGAUCAUUCCCUCUCUGGAGCUGGACGUCACCGACCUCCUCUCUGAAGGUCCUCAGCAGUGCAUGCUGUGUGGAGACUUGGCCCAGGAAGAGUGCACCGACUGUUUUAAAGAUCCCAUGUUCAGCCAGACGGGAUUCAAAAUCUUCUGCAAGAUGUGUUCAUCUCAGGUGCACUCCCAUCCUCAACGCCGGUCCCAUAAACCAGCUGCUCUGGUCAUCCCCAAGGGUUACUCGGGUCGCAGCAUGCCUCACACUCUUAUCAGAGACAAGCUGGAGCUGUUCGCUGUGCUCUGCAUCGAGACGAGCCACUACGUGUCCUUCAUCAAAUAUGGACCAAAACGCGAAGACUGGAUCUUCUUUGACAGCAUGGCAGACAGACAAGGAGAGAGAGACGGAUUCAACAUCCCGGAGGUUCACGCCUGCCCUGAGGUUGGCAUGUACCUGGAAAUGUCUCCCGCGGAACUGGCCAAUCAGGCGCCUCGAGACAUGAAAGGUGUGGCCAAACGUCUCUUUUGUGACGCCUACAUGUACCUGUAUCAGAGCACGAGCAUGUGUCUCUAUCGCUGAGGGGACACCGCCCCACACCUUGCUCUUAGCACUAAAUGUAAAUUGGAAAAAAAUAUUGUUGCCUUCGCUGGUCAUGUAAUUACCUUUUUGUGGAAUGGUUUGUUAUUCUUAAAGAAUGUGUGGAAGUACACACAUGAACAUUUAAAAAAUGUAUAAUUUUCUGCACUGGGGCAGGGAACGAAUGAUGAAGUUUGACUAAUUUGAAACAAUAUUGUUUCAUGUCUGUUAUAUUGUAUGAAGAAAAGGGUACUAACUGAAAUAUUUUUUUUUGCAUUAUAAAAAUUGACAAUCACUGACAUGCAUUGCAAAAGACAAAUGUUGCGCUGUAAUAUUAUGAUUUUGUAGUUUACUAUUUUCUCUUGGUGUUUGUUAAUUAUCUUUAAAAGUUAUAUUUAGAAUUUUUAUACCGGGAAUGAAUGAAUGUUGCAGAUGAAAAAAUCAACCAAAGAAGACAUUAAAUCGUUACUAUGCUAGUAAUGAUUUCAGAUGCUAGUAAUGAUUUUAGAGUGGCAUGUUUUAACAAAGUCAACUUAACAGUGUGUUAUUGUUAACACAAUGAAAUUAAUUUGCUCAGUAAAAUCACAAUUGUGCCUUAAUGUUUUCUUUCUAAUCCGGGUUUAGGUGGCUGGAGCAUUUACUUUAUAAAUUUCAGUAAAACUUGUUCAGUUUCCUUUGAACAUUGAAUAGGAAAAUGAUCGCUGGUAUCCAUGUAUCAUUUGUUCUUUUCAUAUUCAGUUGGGAUCCAAAAUUGGAAAUCAAUCAGCCGCUUCCGUCACACAAGUAAAUACACUUGCCUGAGUCAAACAUGUAUAGGUGAAUCUCUUCUAUGUUUCCCUCCCAUCUUGAUGCACAAUGCUCAUCCUUUCAUGAGCAGCAGUGGUUGGCAGGGCGAGGCGAGAUACAGAAUUUCUUAAAGAGGGAAAAAGAGGUAAUUAUCACCUUUUUAAAAAAAAAAAAUUUGGGCAAAACCAUGAUAAACAAUUAUUCAUAGAAUUUUCACAUACUUUAAAAAGUGUCUGGACGGGAACUUGAAAAUUGCUACAUUUCUAUUGAUGAAGGUCAAGGCCUAAAGUCUAGUGAAAUAUUUGUGAAGAAGUCCUAAAUUUGCCUGAUUUUAUAACGAUUGACUGUAUAAGGUGUCCCCCAGGGAACACUUAUUGGUCCUUAUUGUUUGGAUGCGCUUUUCUUAAAUAUGACCAUUGUAUAUUACAUUACUUUACAUUACAGUCAUUUAGCAGACGCUUUUAUCCAAAUCCUAAGUGUAUUCAACAUAGGUAUUCAAGAGAACUACUAGUCACCAGAAGUCAUAAGUGCAUCUCCUUUUUUAAACAAGCAUCCAAGAGCAUAAACCAGAGCAAAAGUACAGUGCAGAAACAAGCUAUAUUUAUACGAAUACAAUAAGUGCAACAAACUAAUAUGAAUAGAAUAAGUGCUAAGUGGAAGCACUUAGCACUUAUUGUAUUCAUAUUAGCUCAGGGUAGUACCUCUUGCUGUUGACACCCCGCUUUAAUAAUAAUAAUAAAAUAAUUUAUUUGUAUUCCGCUUUAAAAGGUACUCAAAUGCACUUUACAUGGUAAAGACAGAAACAGUUAAAGCAAUAACAAUAUAAACAAGACAGAGAGACAUUAUAAAAGUAAUUACCAAAACAAAAACAUACAUAACUAUCAUCACAGGAUAAAAGCAGAUUGUAUUCAUAUAUUCUCUCCUCUGAAAAGGGAGGCCAACCAAGUCUGUGGUUGAGUGUAUUAAAGACAUAAAUGAACUUGUAUUGACAAAACUUAAUACUGACAAAACAGAUUUUUUUUUAUCGUUGCCUCAGCAGCAGGAAAUAUGUUCACAUUUAUUUCUGUCUCUGGACCUUACUGGUCCUAAACCUUUGGCUUAAUUAUGAUUUGUCACAUUGAUUUCUAGAGCUUUCUGUAAGUGGGAGCAUUACUUUCACUGAUCUUUCUUACCUUUAGUUUUCCGUCUGUUAUUGUGUCAUGUGACUUGUUGCCCUGAGUAAGAGUUGGAGAGAAGAGUGCGGGUGUUUUCAGACUUUGUUGUGUUCGAGUACAGAAAGCACCAGUUGGUGUUAUCUAACUGAAUUUUAAUGUCAUGGCAGAACAUUUAGUUAAUUUUGGACAAUGUGGAUACAAUGUAAUAUUUCAGAACCAAACUAGAUUAAAAUACGUAAGUUACCCUUUUUGGUACGAGGCUUCUUCAGAAAAAGCUUGUUCGCAAAUCCAUCUCCCAGUCCUUAAAAGAACUGUGACUCUCUUGGUUUACAUCUGGCUAGUCAGAUAUGAGCACACACAUUUUGGUUGUUCAAUUGGUUGAAUUAAAAGUGUAUGCUUUAGUUUUUAAUGGGACUAUCCAACUAAUCAUAUAAACACUACAGAUAUCAUAAACAGACUUAAAGAUAUAUAUAUAAAAAAAUAUAUUUCAUGAGGUUAGAUCAAUGAACUGAAAAAACAUAUCUAAAGUGAUGGGAACAUGAAACAUC